AGAAAAAUACUGAUGGAUGUCAUUUUGUCAUGUCAUUCAUUUUAUUCUACGAAAGUUUUGUAAAUGUUUCCUCUUCAAUAAAUUUAAACGAGUUUGCGCUAAAAACAAUAGUUUUAGGGCUCUGUCGCUUUUCUAUUUUAAAUAUUAUGAUAUCAUUGAGUAAUCUGUGAUGGUGUGAUAAUGAAGAAAAUCAAAUAAACAUGCCGAUUGUUUCGUAAAAUUACUGAUGUGGACCAAUCAUGUUCAAACUAAAAGUGACAUAUUAAUUGGCAAAUUCGUACGAAAAUCGUUGGUUUAUUUUAGUUAAAAUGGCAUAUCAGACUUUAUUGCAAGAAUAUAUGCUUAUACCUCCCGUAACACGAGCAUAUACAACUGCUUGUGUUGUUACCACCUUGGCAGUUCAACUGGAUCUAGUGUCGCCCUUUCAGUUAUACUUCAAUCCAAUUCUUAUAUUAAAGAAAUACCAACUAUGGAGGCUGUUAACUACAUUCCUUUUUUUUGGAAAUCUAGGAUUCAACUUCUUUUUCAAUAUAAUAUUCACAUAUAGGUACUGUAGGAUGUUGGAGGAAGGAUCAUUUCGAGGAAGAACUGCAGACUUUGUGGUCAUGUUCAUGUUUGGAGGUGUUCUCAUGAUUUUGUGUGCUUUUUUUGUAAAUUUAUUAUUUUUAGGUCAAGCUUUUACCAUAAUGAUAGUGUAUGUCUGGUCAAGGCGUAAUGUGUUUGUUCGAAUGAACUUUUUCGGCCUAAUGAACUUCCAGGCUCCAUAUCUUCCCUGGGUUUUGCUUGGGUUCUCCGUACUCCUUGGCAAUGCAAUUUCUGUUGAUCUUGUUGGCAUGGCUAUAGGACACAUCUAUUUCUUUAUGGAAGAUGUAUUGCCACUACAAAAUGGAGGGCAGAAGUUGUUGAAGACACCGAAGUUCCUGAAAAAAUUAUUUGAUCCACCUGAAGAGCAAGAAUAUGUUCCUCUGCCUGACAUGGCAAAUAUUCGCCCCGGUGGGUUCGACUGGCAAGGAGGACAAUAAAUCAAUCAGUAUAUUACUAUAACAGUUAUAAAAAUACAGUGAUUUUUUCAGGCCAAACUUUUAAAAUAUUAGAAUAAGGUGAUUUUUUUUUCUUAUCUUUGUUUCAAGUAGCAAUUAGUCUGGUGUUUAUUUUUAAAAUGGUUAUUUUCAGAAAACAGGUAAGAAUGAAGUGUUAUUAAUGUAAAUGCAGUCAUACUGAUAUUAAAACAUUUUGGUACAAAAUGUAUAUUUCUUCCAAAGGAUAUUAAUUUGUUUUGUAAUUAGAGUUUUAAGUAAUAUAAGACUAGGAUUUGUGAAUAUAUGUCAUUAUAAUAAAAAACAA